AUGCUUUCGCUCUCCCUGCUCAUUUUGACAUUAACCUUUUUCGAAUAUAAGGAACUAUGUGAACCGUAUGGACCCGAAGAUGCAGUGGACGCAAAAAGAAGAACCCACCGAUGGCUAGCCGAAGUGCAGCAAAUGCACCCAGUAGACAGUGAGGAGUCUAAUGGAUUCUCUCCCAUUGAGUCAUCACCACCAGAGGGUUCAGAAGACUCAACGAAUGACAAAAAGAAAAAAGAAGAGGAACCCUCCUCUGCACUAAAAUAUGACAAGAAAAAAUUAGAAUCCCUAAGUAGGGCAGUAAAAUACACAAAAAAGCAAAGAGAAACGGAUGAUAGAUGCAAUAAAGGAUGGAAAAAAUGCAGCGUAGAAGAUAAUGUAGCCAUCAAGUACCCUAAGGAAAAGGGGAAGAGGGAAGAAGGAGCGUUCAAAAAAUGUACUCAGAAGGAGGAAGAGCGACUAGAAAAUAUACCCAUUAAAAAAAAAGGCAAAGAAAUAAACAAAACGUAUUGUUAUGUGGCACCAAAAAAUGGAAAAGCCAUAACACAAGAAUCCGUGGGAAAUUGUCUAAAACAAGAAAACGGGUUGAAGUAUCCAACCGUGAGAAGAGCCAUCAUCGAUGGUUACCCCAAAUAUACUGCUAUACCAGAGAAGCUAGUCGAGACCAGCGCUAAGGACACCUUCUAUUCUUUAAUCAAAGAUAAGCCGGAAAAAAUCCCUGAUAAUAAACACUACAUUAUUAAGGAUUACCAAGAUAAAGAAGGAGAAACCUACUUCAUCACCAAAGAGAAUGAGAAACAAAAAGAGCCCAACAGCUGCGUCAUUAGAGGAAAGAGAGAUAAGAAAUCCACAAAGGAAGAGGAACAGGCAUUACAACAGAAAGCCAAACAGGUCGAUACCGUCAUCACCCCUGUUUCGGCAGGAGGGGGAAAUACCUAUGGAGACUCCAACAUCGUCCAGCUAUCCUCAGAAGAGACGCAAAUACCUUCCCUACGGAGGGACGCCCUCCAAGUGGUGCCGCAGCAGGAGGAAGAAGAAGAGGAAGAAGAAGAGGAAGAAGAAGAGGAAGAAGAAGAGGAAGAAGAAGAGGAAGCCGUAGAGGAAGCCGUAGAGGAAGCCGUAGAGGAAGCCGUAGAGGAAGCCGUAGAGGAAGCCGUAGAGGAAGCCGUAGAGGAAACCGUAGAGGAAGCCGUAGAGGAAGCCGUAGAGGAAGCUGUACACGAAACCGUAGAGGAAGCCGUAGAGGAAACCGUAGAGGAAGCCGUAGAGGAACCCGUAGAGGAAGCUGUACAAGAAACCGUAGAGGAAGCCGUAGAGGAAGCCGUAGAGGAACCCGUAGAGGAAGCUGUACACGAAACCGUAGAGGAAGAUGUACACGAAACCGUAGAGGAAGCCGUAGAGGAAGCUGUACACGAAACCGUAGAGGAAGCCGUAGAGGAAGCUGUACACGAAACCGUAGAGGAAGCCGUAGAGGAAGAUGUACACGAAACCGUACAGGAAGCCGUAGAGGAAGCCGUAGAGGAAGCUGUACACGAAACCGUACAGGAAGCCGUAGAGGAAGCCGUAGAGGAAGCUGUACACGAAACCGUAGAGGAAGAUGUACACGAAACCGUACAGGAAGCUGUACACGAAACCGUAGAGGAAGAUGUACACGAAACCGUACAGGAAGCUGUACACGAAACCGUAGAAAAACCCGUCAAGGACUCACUGGUAAAACCAAAACCCCAAUACAAACCCAUACGCAAAGAUAUAGACUGGUCCAAAGUAGACGACAUGCCCAUAGAUGAAGAAAUCGGAAUGUACGAAAAAGAAAUGAAUUACUCCAUAAAGGAAAUCGAAGAAAUGGAUGAAUUUAAACCUGACUCGUAUAUCCUUGAAGACGUCCUGUACGACAUAGGUUGUGAAAUUUUGGAAGAAUUAGAAAAAGCCAAAAGCUGA